AGCCGGAAGUGACGUACCGCCGGCUUUUUGGCACUGAGGGGAGGUGUAGCCGGUCGGGGGAGAGAGGUAGUGGUGGCGGAAGAGGUUCGGCGGCUGAUGGCGGCACCGGCUCGGAAGCCUCUCUAACGCUCCCUCUGUCGUGGGGCUCCUCGCAGGAUUCACAAUGACAUCCUUUCAAGAAGUCCCCUUGCAGACUUCCAACUUUGCCCAUGUCAUCUUUCAAAAUGUGGCCAAGAGUUAUCUUCCUAAUGCACACCUGGAAUGUCAUUACACCUUAACUCCAUAUAUCCAUCCACAUCCAAAAGAUUGGGUUGGUAUAUUCAAGGUUGGAUGGAGUACUGCUCGUGAUUAUUACACAUUUUUAUGGUCUCCUAUGCCUGAACAUUACAUAGAAGGAUCAACAGUUAAUUGUGUAUUAGCAUUUCAAGGAUAUUACCUUCCAAAUGAUGAUGGAGAAUUUUAUCAGUUCUGUUAUGUUACCCAUAAGGGUGAAAUUCGUGGAGCAAGUACACCUUUCCAGUUUCGGGCUUCGUCUCCAGUUGAAGAGUUACUUACUAUGGAAGAUGAAGGAAAUUCUGACAUGUUGGUGGUGACCACAAAAGCUGGUCUUCUUGAGUUGAAAAUUGAGAAAACCAUGAAAGAAAAAGAAGAACUAUUAAAGUUAAUUGCUGUCCUGGAAAAAGAUACAACACAGCUUCGAGAACAAGUUGGAAGAAUGGAAAGAGAGCUUAACCAUGAGAAAGAGAGAUGUGACCAGCUGCAAGCAGAGCAUAAGGGUCUUGUUGAAGUAUCACAAAGUUUAAGAACGGAAAAUGAAGAGUUUAAGAAGAGAUACAAUGAUGCUACGUCCAAAGCUCUCCAGCUUGAGGAAGAUAUUGUGUCAGUGACACAUAAAGCGAUCGAAAAAGAAACUGAAUUAGACAGUUUAAAGGAUAAACUCAGGAAGACACAGUAUGAAAGAGAACAACUGGAAUGUCAAUUGAAGACCGAAAAGGAUGAGAAGGAACUUUAUAAGGUACAUUUGAAGAAUACCGAAAUAGAAAAUACCAAGCUUGUGUCAGAGGUCCAGACUCUAAAGAAUUUAGAUGGGAAUAAAGAAAGCAUGAUUACUCAUUUUAAAGAAGAGAUUGGCAGGCUGCAGUUCUGUUUGGCUGAAAAGGAAAAUCUGCAAAGGACAUUCUUGCUUACAACUUCAAGUAAGGAAGAUACUUUUCUUUUAAAGGAGCAACUUCGUAAAGCAGAGGAACAGGUUCAGGCAACUCGGCAGGAAAUUGUCUUUCUGGCUAAAGAACUUAGUGAUGCUGUAAAUGUGAGAGAUAAAACAAUGGCAGAUCUGCAUACUGCACGCUUGGAAAAUGAGAAAGUAAAAAAGCAGUUAGCUGAUGCAGUGGCAGAACUUAAACUAAAUGCUGUGAAAAAAGACCAGGAAAAGUCUGAUACACUAGAACACGAACUGAGAAGAGAAGUUGAAGAUUUGAAACUUCGUCUUCAAAUGGCAGCAGAUCAUUAUAAAGAAAAAUUCAAGGAAUGCCAGAGGCUCCAAAAACAAAUAAACAAACUUUCAGACCAAUCAGCCAAUAGCACCAGUGUCUUAACAAAGAAAAUCGGAAAUCAGCAAAAAGUGAAUGAUGCUUCAAUAAACACAGACCCAGCUACUACUGCCUCUAAUAUAGAUGUAAAGCCUUCUACAGCUGAGACAGAUUCUGACAUUGUAACAAAGGGACAAGUCUGUGAAAUGACCAAAGAAAUUGCUGACAAAACAGAAAAAUACAAUAAAUGUAAACAACUCUUGCAGGAUGAGAAAACAAAAUGCAAUAAAUAUGCCGAUGAACUUGCAAAAAUGGAACUGAAAUGGAAAGAACAAGUGGAGAUUGCUGAAAAUAUAAAACUAGCACUAGCUGAAGUAGAGGAUAAUUACAAACUUCAGUUGGCAGAGAAAGACAAAGAAAUAAAUGGACUGACGACACAUUUGGAAAAACUCUCCGGGGAGAAGGAACUUAAAAUGAGUCUAGAAAAUCAAGCAGAAAGGAAAACAGAAGGUCCGAAUUCUCAGAGUCCUCGGAAGAUCUCACAGCGUCUCAGUACAUGCUCAGAGCAAAAUGGUCAUGUUGCUGCAGUGCCAAAUGUACAGCCAGUUCUGCAAUAUGGUAAUCCUUAUGCAACACAGGAAACCAGAGAUGGAGCAGAUGGUGCUUUUUACCCCGAUGAAAUCCAGAGGCCACCUGUAAGAGUACCUUCUUGGGGAGUGGAAGAUAAUGUUGUCUGCAGCCAGCCUGCUCGAAACCUUAGUCGGCCGGAUGGUUUAGAAGACCCUGAGGAUAGUAAAGAGGAUGAACAUGUGCCCACUGCUCCCGAUCCUCCAAGUGAGCAUUUACGUGGGCAUGGAACAGGCUUCUGCUUUGAUUCCAGCUUUGAUGUUCACAAGAAGUGUCCCCUCUGUGAAUUAAUGUUCCCUCCCAACUAUGAUCAGAGCAAAUUUGAAGAACAUGUUGAAAGUCACUGGAAGGUGUGCCCAAUGUGCAGCGAGCAGUUCCCUCCUGACUAUGACCAGCAGGGCUUUGAAAGGCACGUGCAGACCCAUUUUGAUCAGAAUGUUUUAAAUUUUGACUAGUUACUUUUUAUUAUGAGUUAGCAAUAUAGUUUAACAAUUUAAAAAAAUCACCUCCAAUAGACCACUAUGGAGACCACAAGGUAUCCCUUCCAUGUACCUUCUACCACACUUUUCUGAACAAGCGCUGCUUUGGAGUUUUGUGUUACUAGGGUCAAUCUUCAGCGUAUCAAUAAAUAUCAUUGUAACCCCUGUUAAUCUUACAGCUUAAGAAAACUUUUUCUGUGUUUGUAUCUUUAUUUAUUUCCCAGUUUGCAGAACUAUAUGAAUAAAGGAAAUGGAUUGUUUUAAUGUUACCACACUGAAUAUAUAUGUGGAGUGUGUGACUUAGCAUAAUAUUUACAAGUUUCUGUUGACCUUGUUGAUUGAGCAUGACUACUAAAUAUUAUGUAAUAAAAAUAAUUUAUAAGUGUGGCAAAAUAAUUAUUUGAAUACAGAAACUUCCAUAAUUUAACCCAUGAAAGGAUUUUUUUUUAACUUCCUUUAAAAAUGGAGCUGCAUGUAGAAUCAGCUCACAUGCUUGCAGUAUAGCAAAUACUUUUUGAUAUUUGAAAUGUUUGCUUUAGGAAUAGAAGGCAUAUUUUGCUAAUUUUAUGACCAAAACAUUUUAGAAUGACUUGAGUGAUUAUUUUUAAGCCAUCUUGAAGUUGUAUUUCUGUCUAAGGGGAAAAUGGAACAAAUACACCAGUGCAGUUGUUUCAUAACAACUGUUUCAUAGAAAGGAUCUACUAAACAGUGGUGGUUGUGGCAUAAAAUCACAGAAAGUGUAUCCGUAACUUUUCCACAUUUUCCUGAUGGAGGAGAAUUUUGAAAGAAGAUUCUCAGUAAGUGAUUGAAAAUGUGAUGUAUAAAUGCAAAUCAAUGUGUUCAUUGUGUCUCUAUGUAGUAUUCUCAUUAACAUUAAAGAGGACACAUUUUUGGA